AUGCAGCUAAAAACUUUCUUGCUUGUGCUACUAUUGCGCGCUUCAAUUGCUGCAGAUUUCGAGGACAAUUUUAAGAACUGUCACCCCAACGUAUCAGGUUUUGAUGUCUGCAUGCGAGAGGGAUUGAAUGCAAUUCGACCUUAUUUCAAAACCGGUUUACCAAAAUACAACAUUCUCCCAUUUGAUCCCUUUUUUGCCAGGGAGGUAACGGCCACGAGAGGGGUACCGAAUUUUGGUUUUACUUUAACUCUUCGAAAUGUCACCGAAACCGGGUGGUCACUGAGUAAAGUAACAAAAUUUGUUUCCGACUUGAAUAAUUACAAGAUUGUCUACACGCAAAGUUUCCCAGAAAAAAUGUUGACGGGUAAUUAUGAAUUUAAAGGAGCUUUCUUCAGUUCCACUAUACAUAAUAGAGGAAGAUUCACACUCACUUUAUAUGAUCUUAUACAAAUGACCACCGUGACCAAAUUGCCGGGACUAAAAUUGCGGGCCCAAAUGGACGUCCAAUCCAUCAAAGAUUUAAAGCUUCACAUUACAAAUCUUCUAUUUGGCAAACGAUUCUUUGAGGGUAUUCUCGAUAAAAUAAUUAAUCAUACGUGGCAGCCAGGUUUUGUUUUAACGAGGGGCCUAAUCAACGAACUCGUUUCGACUGCUUUCACAGAGAUUUUCGAUAAUUCCUUCCGUGACUUUCCCUUUGAGCAAAUUUUCAAAUCAAAGUCGUUUAUACUUUAA